AAUCACCUCUAUAAAUUACCACAUUUUGCAGCACAAUCGUCGUAGCCUUCAAACAUUUAACAUAUAACUUGGUUGUGGCAAAUUGUGAAGCAUGAGGACCUUAUUACUUGCACUCUUGUUAGCCUUCAUGAUGAUGGUGACCAUGCUGCAUGCUGGUGCAGUGAAGGUGGAGCAUGAGCAAAGAACAAAGCCAAAACGCAAUCUACUGAGUGAAACUUCUCUUGGCCGAAAGGGUAUGGGAACCGACACAAAUAACCAACAAACCAUGAAGGUUUCUGCAAGUAGUAGUGCAAAUACCAUUAGCACUGCUGAUUCUGUCAACAAUAGCAAAGCGAAAAAGAACAGCGACAAUAACGGCGACGACGAUGACGACAAAAAUGGUAGCUAUCAGAGCUACGGUCCAGGGCCAGUCCUUAACAGCCACCACUAUUUUCAUAUUCGCACCCCACCCAUUCACGGCUAGCUCUAUCUAGUUACUGUGUAAGUGGGAGACCAAUAUAUAUAUAUGCAUGGUGUUGUAUGUACUGAGCGCACCGGUUAAAUAAAGUGCAACUAGCAUGUGUCUAUAUAUGUGUGUAUGUGUGCAUGUUAGUUUCACUAAGAUAUAUAAAGCUAUUAGUCUCUCCAUGUGUAAUGUGUAAGUAUGCAUUCCUGGUUACUCUAGGGCAACUGCAUGUAUGCAUGUUUUUCUCUUUUUGGCUGA